AUGGAAAUUGACAGCGCCGGGAACGACACUGAUCCGGUAGAAACUAUUCGUGUAUUGCGAGAACAGUUAGAGCUUUUGGAGAAAGAACAUAACAGAAAGAUGAUUGCAAAAACGAACGAUUUUCAAAGAAAUGUGCACUUAAUACAUGGGAAGUUAGACGAAGCAGAGAAAAAAGUCGAGGCUGAAAUUGACAAGAACGAACGGUUGAAAAGAGAAAAUGAAGUGUUGGCGAAAGAUAAAGAAACAUUGGUUGAGCAAAAUGAACGAACGAAAAGAUCCAGACAUUUUUUGAUGCAACAGAAGGUUGAGCUAGAAAAUCAGAUUGUUGCGCUACAAAAUCAGAUUGUUGCUAUGAAGAGAGAAAUGGAAGAACUGUCGGCUGAAAACGAGAAAAAGAGUUCCGAAAUCCUGAAACAAAAGGAAGAAUUAAUAGAACUAAAACGCAAGCCAAGAGAAGUGAAGCUAAUGAAUUACGACGAUGUAAAGAGCAAUAAAGGGAAACGGGAAAGACUGCAAAAAGCGUGUGACUAUUUGCAAAAUCUAGCAGGCUUGGAAUCGAAGCUCUUCUAUAAGGAUGUUGUGAACAAGUUGGAACGGGAUGGAAUCGCUUCACUGAAAUUAUCACCUCAAGAGGGAUUCCAAGCCUAUCAUUCUGCAAAUUUAACACGGAAAAGCUUCAAAACCAUCAAAAAUAUCCUUAGAAGCCAUCAAUUGCCAGACCCUUUUCCUCCAAUGAAGGCUAUCAUCAGUUUGGAAAGAAAAGUUGCAUCUGAUGAUGUUUUUACGGUCUACCAGUCAAAAGGGGUGAAAGACGAAGGAAAAAUUGUGACUGUAGCUCACUUGAAUGAUGUAGCCAAGACGGUUUCGGAAAGAAUUGAGCAAUUGAUUGAAACGGAGAAACUGACGUUAGACUUCGAUAAGGGAAUUUGGUUAACAGUCAUGGGUGAUAAAGGAGGACAAGAGAUGAAACUUUGCCUUUCCAUUGGCAACGUUGACUCACCAAAUAGCUGCCACAACUUGAUCCCUCUUGGAGUAUUUGAUGAUGAAGAAUCAUCGGAAGCCUUACUGAAGCACAUUCCGACAGUAAUCGAUCAAUUGAACAACCUGAAAGAAUUGAAGAUCACAGUAAACAACACAGAACUUCUGAUUCCGGUAGAUAUGUUCCUUGGUGGCGAUAUGAAAUUUCAGUAUGACAUGCUUGGCCACCAAGGAGCAUCUGCUACGAACCCAUGCAUGUUUUGUCUCAAACGGGGUCGCAUCAAGAUCAGAGACUACAAGAGAGGAGAGCACACGGUUCGGCGCACAGAAAAGAGUUAUUCAGAUGCGAGUGAAAAGGGUUCAGCGAAAACGACAGUGGAAAGUGUGAAAUCCCAAUCAUCUUUCGUCUUCACCGGAAUCAGUCUGGAUCACGUAACAAUCCCAAGUCUGCACACCAUCAUGGGAGUAGCCCAAGGUUUCGGUUUCGAUAACCUUUUGUUAUGGACAACAACAAUGGAUUGUGAAGACACGGGAUUAAAGAUCACCAAGGCCGACAUCAAACAGUCUAGAGUUCGGAAAUCCAACCUUAUAAAUCUCCAAAAAACAGUUCAAAUGCUUGAUGUUGAGCUGUCUUCCAUGUUGACAGUAGCCGUUGUUCUCCAGCAUUUCCAGGAUUCGACUCUCGAUGGCACAGAUGAAACGGAAGCGGCAGCGUGUCCAGCUGAAAAAUGUCUUUAUAGAGACAGAUCGAUUGGGAAAGCACCACUUUUCGAUGCUCGAUUAGUGAAGUGUGAAACGUGCGAAGAAACAUACCAUGCAGUCUGUUGUGGUAUGUGGGCUGCAGAGGAAUGGGAGUUGACCAAUGAUCCUAACAAUCCAUUAAGUUGCCUCGGUUGUCGUGGAAUUACGGGAGUGAAAGUGAACGCACUGGCUGACGAGGCGAUUGAAUUUCUGAAAAAUGAAAUAGAAUUGAAGAAAGAUGAAUUGAAAAAAGAACAAGCUAUCUAUAAUUCUACGAUGGACGCACUCCAAGGCAAAAAAGAAAACAGGAAAAAACUGGAAGAUCUUUGGAAGAAAUGGGGUGCUGACAUGAGUGUGUGGCAAAAAAACUUUUGCGGCAACCACAUCUACAAUCUUUUGAAGGAAGAUGCUAUUGAUGAUUACAUGUCGAUUUUCACAAAUCACAAGCAUUUUAAUAGCAUGACACAGUUUCUCAAGGCUUUAGGAAGGCUUCAGCGUUUGUGCGUGCCAAGAAAGCUGCAUCCAGAGGAGAUAGAAGACAUGGAAAACGCCAUUGACACCAUGUGGCUCUGUCUCCAGGAGUUUGCGGCUGAUGACAAUGUGACGCCCAAACUCCAUGCGCUUCUUGAACACGUGAUGGAAUUCGUUGAAACUCACCACACAUGGGCAAAAACGAGCGAACAUCCUAUCGAAGCAUUCCACGCGUCAUACAAUUCAUCGAAACUGCGUUAUCGCACGACUCGAAACGAUAUUCUGAGAGCCAAGGAAUGCUUCAAGCGCUGCCUCAUCAACAACAGAGUUUUCGAUUUGUCCUGA